AUGGCUGCACCAGGGCCAGUUGUUCUGAACGACUUCUUGCGCAGCAUCGCGGAGUUGACGAACGAACGCGAUGGCGCAAAGCUGCAGGAUUUCCUGCAGUUGGAGCCCCCUCUGCCCGAAAUAUACCAGAAGAUGGCACUGGAGUUGAGACAAUACUAUCCAGCAAAUACACAAGGUGACGCGGAAUUGCUCAAGCGUUGUGAGGCAUUGGUACCUCGAAAUCGUUCCGGUCCGCCCUGGACGGCGUUUCCGGUCUUCAUGAAGCUCUAUUUCACCUUCCUGCGAGACGCCAACGUCGAAAACCUCCUCGAGACGUACGACAUGCUGAAGGGAUUACUGAAUCAAUGUGUUCUCGCUCUGGGAGACAGUCAAAUGGGGGUCAUCGUUCUUCCAACGGUCCUGUACCUCUCAAAAGUUCUAUCGAAGCUGGCCAUGGGCCUCGAUCGCCGGCCCGAGUUGGUUGCCCAUCUCCUCCGACAGGAAGGCCGUCUAGACCGGGAAGAGGCCACAGAAAAGGUUACCCUGGUGGAACAGUCGGCAAACGUGGUUCGCGAAGCGUUCAUCAAAUGUCUGACGGACCGAAGCGGCACGCCGGGUACACAGGGGAAGCCGGAAGGAAGACGAGUGGGCAUAUACCUUAUGGCCAACGUCUGCUUGAAGCUCCUAUUCCAGUGUGGUAAACUGCGAAAUGCGGAACAAAUGUUCGCCAGCAUAAGCGCUCAGUCUCCUCCUCUGGAAUAUUUCCCGGCCUCUCAGAGGGUAACAUAUCUUUAUUACCUUGGACGUUACCUCUUUUCUAAUAAUCUCUUUUAUCCCGCUCAAACUGCCUUACAAGCCGCCUACGACCAGUGUCAUCGACAGGCAAUGAGCCAGAAGAAUCUGAUUCUCACCUAUCUUAUUCCUUGUAAUAUUGUCUUGGGCCGAUUUCCAUCCGCAGCACUGUUGCAGAAACCAGAAGCACAGGGCCUCGCAGAUAAGUUUGUUCCGCUGUGUCAGCUCAUUCUCAGUGGGGACUACAUUGCCUUCAGACAGUACUUGGCCUUUGAUUCUCCCGAGUUACAGUGGUUUGCCCGCAAAGGCAUUCUGCUUCAACUUCGCAAUCGAUGCGAGAUCCUUGUUUGGCGCUCACUCACACGCAAGGUCUUUAUCCAUGGCGGUUUCCAUGGCGAUUCGCGCGCCCAGGCCCAACGUGGUCCACCGCCAUUCUUGUAUCUGAACAAGUUAGAAACAGUCGUGAGAUGGCUCCAAGCUCGUCACGAGCGUCCAGGAAUGGAGGCCAUAGGGACAACCAGCCUGUUUGGGGCAGUCAAGCGACCUGAUCUUGCAAAAGAUGCAGCGGCCCAGGAGAGUGAGUAUGGGUCCCAGGUUGUGUAUCAUCCCCCUGACAAUGACUUUUCCGGUUUGGGGGAUAAUUCCAUACAAGCUGCCGAGACUACUCAUCAUACGGACUUCGAUGAUUACGCAGCACCAGACGGAUUCUUCGACGCGCAAGGUGAAUGGCAAGAAAACCCGGUAGGUGCACUUGUAGACGGUGAACCCAAUGACGACUACGGUCAAUACGAGCUCAACCCGUAUCCUGGCGGGAAUAAAGCCCAGGACCGCGACCAACUUUUGAUGGCCGAACUUGAAUCUAUACUCGCAUCUCUGCUGACGCAGGGUCUAAUGCGUGGAUAUUUGACCCACAAGAACCCUCGUUUUGCCAUCCCUGGAGCACGGCUGAAGGGUGCGCUUCCUACAGGCUUCCCCAAUGUUUGGCAGACAAUCUCUGCACGGGAGAGUGAAGACGACUCCGUGCCUGGCUGGGUACGGAUACCCGCUCAGUCUGCUUUCAACGCGAGGGCGAAUACUUUCGACGGGGCUGGCGGUGGCCGUGUUGUGAACCUAAGCGGUGCGAGGCCCGUCGGCGUUCAGUGA